AUGGGUGUUGGACGUGCCUCGAAGGAGAACUGGUUCGCCAGGCUGAACGAGCUGAUCGACUCGUACUCGUCGAUCUUCGUUGUGAACAUUGACAACGUCAGCUCGCAGCAGAUGCACCAGAUCCGUCAGUCGCUGCGUGGUGAGGCCACGGUGCUUAUGGGUAAGAACACGAUGGUGCGUCGUGCCCUGCGCCAGGUCAUCUCGGAGCGCCCAGAGUUUGAGCGCCUGGUGCCCUACGUGCGUGGCAACGUUGGUUUCGUGUUCACGUCGGGCGACCUCAAGGAGGUGCGUGACAAGGUGAUUUCGAACCGUGUGGCUGCUCCUGCUCGUGCUGGUGCCUUUGCGCCUGUGGAUAUUUACGUGCCGGCCGGUAACACGGGUAUGGAACCCGGUAAGACGUCCUUCUUCCAGGCUCUUGGUGUGCCCACCAAGAUUGCCCGUGGUACGAUUGAAAUUGUGUCGGACGUCAGGGUCGUCGAGUCGGGCAACCGUGUCGGUCAGUCCGAGUCGGCUCUGUUGAACCUGCUCAACAUCUCGCCUUUCACGUACGGUAUGACGGUUGUGCAGAUCUUUGACAACGGUCAGGUGUUCGCGAGCGACGUUCUCGACGUGAGCGAGGAGGAGCUCGUUGGCCGCUUCACGCAGGGUAUCCAGCAGGUCGCUUCGAUCUCGCUGGCCCUCAACUACCCUACGAUUGCCUCGGUCAUGCACUCGCUUGUCAACUCGUACAAGAACCUGCUGGCCGUCUCGCUGGCUACCGAGUACGAGUUUGAGGGCUCGGCUAAGCUGAAGGAGAUGCUUGCCAACCCUGAGGCCUUUGCUGCCGCUGCUGCCCCUGCUGCUGCGGAGGAGGCUGCUGCCCCAGCCGAGGAGGCUAAGGAAGAGGCCAAGGAAGAAGAGGAAGAGGACGAGGACAUGGGCUUCGGUCUCUUUGAGUAG